UGUACAUUGACUGUUCUUGGAUGACUUGCAGAAGAGGAGUUGAAGCUGGCUUGGUGCUCACUUCUUGGAGUCUCUUUGGCUGCUUUUGAAAUGGUGGGGGCGGCCUUGCUCUCCCAUCUCCCCUUACCGGUAGGUGGCCAAGGGAGAGCGAGGUUUACCCGUUCCUAAUGUCCUUUCUGUUUUCUUCGUCCUACCCACCUACCCAUUCCAAGUUUUCUGCUUCUCUCUCUCUCUCUCUCUCUCUCUCUGCUUUCGUUUCCUUCUCUUUUUCUGGUUCAAAAUUCCAGAGCGUCUUCGCCAUCUUCUUUUACAGCAAUGGAGACGAAGGCUUUAAUGAUGUCUCCUAAUUCUUCGACCAUUUACGGCUCGAGGGUGUUACUCCACAAUCCCAGACUUGCUCCAGGGGCAUGUUUUCUGCGCUUUGCGUCUGUAGGGAAGAGCAUUCGGCCCGUCGUGGCUCUUGCUGUAUCUUCGGACAGAGUGGUGAAGAAAGACAGGGUCGAUCAGAGUGAAAGUCUGACUCUUGAGAGCAUCCGUCAUUCUUUAAUCAGACAAGAAGACAGCAUAAUCUUCAGCCUUCUUGAACGGGCACAGUACUGUUAUAAUGCUGAUGCUUACGAGGGCAAUAUGCUCUUACCCGAUGGGUCUCAGGGUUCUUUGGUUGAGCUGAUGCUCAAGGAGACUGAGAAGCUUCAUGCACAGGUGGGGAGAUAUAAAAGCCCAGAUGAGCACCCUUUCUUUCCAAAUGAUUUGCCUGAACCUCUGUUGCCCCCAAUGCAAUAUCCUCAGGUUUUGCAUCCCAUUGCUGAUAAAAUCAAUAUAAAUCCUAGGGUAUGGGAUAUGUAUUUCAAGGAUCUCCUUCCAAGAUUGGUAGAAGACGGAAACGAUGGCAAUUGUGGAUCCAGUGCUGUGUGUGACACCAUAUGCUUGCAGGCACUCUCUAAGAGGAUCCACUAUGGAAAAUUUGUAGCUGAGGCAAAGUUCCAACAGUCACCAGCUGUUUACAGAACUGCAAUUGAGGCCCAAGAUGGGGCUCAAUUGAUGAAUCUACUAACGUAUGAGGCAGUGGAAGCAGCAGUUAAGAAGAGAGUGGAAACCAAGGCUAAGCUCUAUGGACAAGAGCUCGACCUAAAUGGUCCCAAAGCAGAUGAAUUGAAGUACAAAAUCCAGCCAAGCUUGGUUGCUGAUCUCUAUGGCGAUUGGAUUAUGCCAUUGACAAAAUUUGUUCAGGUAGAGUAUUUGUUGAGGAGGUUAGAUUAAGCAGGAAGACAUCAUAUCAUGGUGGUCCUAUGCGGGACAUUGGCCGGUGUGAAUUUAUUAGCUUUAUAAUAAGCUUUUUCACAAAAGGUAGCGGGUUUCUCUAAGGUGUAACCCGUCUUUUUCAGUUAGCUUUUGUACAAAAUGAUGCCUAAAUAUAUUUGAAACGUAAUGGAAAAUUGCAAUACAAGCAUCUUUUGCUU